AAGACUCUCUCUUUCUCUCAAUUUCUAUUGAGGGGAUAUCUCCCUCAUACUAUGUGUGUUUGAUUUAUCGAAUAUGUGUACAUCUCUACCAACAAGCGGUGAGUUUUUGUCUGCAAGCAUAAGAACCAAGGACUCAGAAGGAAUACUUGCUCUUGAAUUACUUGCAUCAAUAUGGAUGAUUGUGAUCGAGAGAACAGGCGAGACAGGAUAGAUUGCUACAUAGGAGGUGGUCACCCACAGUGGAGCAUGGUUUCUCAGCAUCAUCAGAUGAAGGAACAGAAUGCUUUUCUUAUGAACCUGAAGCUGUUCUUUGCUGAAAGGGAUGCAGCCAUUGAGGAGCGAGACAGAGCUCUUGCCGAAAAGAAAGCAGCUACAGAAGAGCGAGACAUCGUCAUCCGUCAACGAGAUGCAGCAUUUGCUGAGAGAGACAAUGCUUUAAGAGAACGUGACAAUGCGAUCGCGGCCCUCCAAUUUCAGCAAGACAACAACACCAGCGCUGGAUUUAGUUACAGAAUGUGCGGGGCAAAGUGCCAAAACACGCCCCACGUGACUGAUGCAGUCCCCAUAUCCGCCAUCUCAUCCGAAUCCAUCAAACAAAGGAAACAAUCUAAGAGUAGCUCACCGAAAACGGCAAAAAGGGUUGGUGAGGAUUUGAAUAGGCAUGUCACCACAGACGGAUCAAAAGCUGAAUGGGAUGCUCAGAACCAGGGUGGGUUCACCGUAAACCAGAUCAGUUUCAACGAGUCCACAAUGCCAACCCCAGUCUGCACAUGCACCGGAGUACCCCGCCAGUGCUACAAGUGGGGCAGUGGCGGCUGGCAGUCAUCUUGCUGCACUACUUCUCUGUCAGAGUACCCACUCCCGCCACUGCCACAUAAGCGGCAUGGGCGGAUCGCGGGCAGGAAGAUGAGCGGGAGUGUGUUUAGCAGAUUGCUUACGAGGAUGUCCGCUGUCGGCCACGAUCUGUCUACUCCCCUUGAUCUUAAGAACUAUUGGGCUAAACAUGGAACAAACCGUUACAUUACAAUCAAGUGAUGCCCAUGGACUGCUAUCUGUGUAGGGGUGUACAUUCAUAUUAGCUACCGAGUAUAUAUAGUCUUUUGUCUCUGUCCGCAGAAGCAAGCUCAUUCAUUUGUCUCGGUCAUCAUUAACAGUGUUGUUUCUGUGACACAUCCGGCAGAGGUUUGAGAUUGUAAAGUUUUGCAAAUGCUACCUCAUAUGUAAUCAAUGGCAGAAAUAGAUGCGUAUUUAUAUGAGAUCUAUACUUGAUUUUAUUUUAUUGCUUGUAGCAACCCGAAUACUAGUUCAAUACUGGUACUAGAUCUAUAGAUUUCUUCAAUCUAGUCAAGUUAUUAUUACUCUAUUAUUAAUUAAUGUAUCAUUAUUAUAAAACUCCGUCCCUAAAUGUAAUUUAGCGAACGUCUUUAUAUCCUGAAAUAAU